UGAUCUGGUCGCUGAGGCAGCGUAAGAAUAAAGUGAGCAGCUGCACCUUUACCAAAGCAACCACCUGCGUUCCUCCUCUCCUCUGGAAUGGACAAUGGGAUGGUCUCUGGCUUUAUCAUGAUCAAGAACUUCUUCCUCUUCUGCGUUUCCAUGAGUUUAGCCAGCCACUUCGGCUUCUCGCAAACACCAACAGCAUCGGGAAAAGAGGACACCAAUGAUAACAUCACUAUAUUCACCAGGAUCUUGGACGGUCUGCUGGACGGCUACGACAACCGACUGCGCCCAGGACUGGGAGAGAGAAUAACUCAGGUGAAAACAGACAUCUAUGUUACCAGUUUUGGUCCUGUGUCAGACACAGAAAUGGAAUAUACCAUUGAUGUUUUUUUCCGACAAAGCUGGAAAGACGAAAGGCUGCGAUUCAAAGGGCCUAUGCAACGCCUCCCUCUUAACAACUUGCUCGCCAGCAAGAUUUGGACCCCGGACACUUUUUUCCACAAUGGCAAGAAGUCUAUUGCUCACAACAUGACAACCCCAAACAAACUUCUGCGCCUGGAGGAUGAUGGCACUCUGCUGUAUACCAUGAGACUGACCAUCUCUGCUGAAUGUCCCAUGCAGCUUGAAGAUUUCCCCAUGGAUGCACAUGCUUGCCCAUUAAAAUUUGGAAGCUAUGCUUACCCCAAUUCUGAAGUGAUCUAUGUGUGGACUAAUAGCACCACAACGUCUGUUGUGGUGGCCGAAGACGGCUCACGACUUAACCAGUACCACCUGAUGGGACAAACUGUAGGAACUGAAAACAUCAGUACCAGUACAGGUGAAUAUACUAUUAUGACAGCCCAUUUUCAUCUGAAAAGAAAAAUUGGUUAUUUUGUCAUCCAGACGUACCUUCCUUGCAUUAUGACUGUGAUCUUAUCGCAAGUGUCGUUUUGGCUAAACAGAGAAUCUGUCCCUGCUAGGACUGUCUUUGGAGUAACAACAGUCCUCACCAUGACCACCUUAAGUAUCAGUGCCCGUAACUCUUUGCCAAAAGUGGCCUACGCUACUGCAAUGGACUGGUUUAUAGCUGUCUGCUAUGCCUUUGUAUUUUCCGCAUUGAUUGAAUUUGCAACAGUCAACUAUUUCACCAAGAGGAGUUGGGCAUGGGAUGGCAAAAAAGCCCUGGAAGCUGCUAAAAUCAAGAAAAAAGAGCGCGAGUUGCUGGCAACUAAAUCAACUAAUACUUACAGCACUGGGAAGAUGACCCCCGCACCAAACAUGCCAAAGGACUCAGCCCCAUCUGUCAUCUCGAACACUGCAUCUGCUCCAGUGAAGUCUGCAGAAGAAAAGCCCGCUGAAAGCAAAAAGACUUACAACAGCAUCAGUAAGAUUGACAAAAUGUCCCGGAUAAUUUUUCCAGUGCUGUUUGGAACUUUUAACUUAGUUUACUGGGCCACAUAUUUGAAUAGGGAGCCUGUUAUUAAAGGUGCCAAUUCUCCAAAAUAAACUGAAGGACUCUAAAGCCACAUGUGAGCCAUACUUACAAAGCAGAUGCUACCAAGGAAAAUUUGAGAUCCAGACGACUUUCUACAUUUGGGCAAUAUUCUUCAGGAAGUUUUUUGCAUGUUUAAUAAUAUGUACAAAUAAUAUUGCCUUGAUUGUUUCUACAUGUAACCUCAGAUG